AUGCCAUCGAUUAAAUUGAUUUUUCUUACAAUUCUCGUCGUAUUCAAUUUUUGUGUCGUUUCGGAAAUUACAAUUUUAACGCCAAAUCCAAAAUUUUAUGGUGUCAUUAAUGAAACCUUGUUGAUCACUUGGACUUCGAGUGGAAAUGAUGACCCUCAACGUAUUACGAUUAAACUUAUUUCGAAAACUCCAACCGAAUUAUUUACCGGAGAAUACGCGGUGGGACAAAGCAUUCCAACGUCAGACGGAAAAUAUGCAUGGAAUAUAACGGAUAAUUUGGUCGGUGAAAACAACUGGAUAUUAAAAUUUUAUAAUGCUUUGUCUGAAUUGAAUGAAAAAACUACUCCCGUUGCUCAAAGCAAAGAAUUUAGUAUUAAACCUGCCGGUACAGAACCUCCUAAAAAUGAUUCUUCUACCACUGAAAAGAAAAGUGAUAAUUCAAAUUCUGUCACAUCUCUUUCAUAUGCUUCUUUGUUCAUCAUCUUCACAUCAUUCAUUUCUUCAGUCAUUAUGGCUAAUUCAUUAGAUCUUAGAAUUUAA